CCUUGCUCGCCUUGGCCUCCUCCUUCCUCUUUCUUCUUCUCGUUUCGAGACUACUAGACGACUUGGCUUGGCUUUGUUGCCUUGGACUCCCCCCUCUCCUCUCCUCUCCUCUCCUCUCCUCUUCUGGUGUGCGUGCGUGCUUCUGCUAGCUUGUCCAAUCGCCGCGGCCAGAGCCCCCGCGCAAGCUACCGGGGAGAUUGAGGAUUCCAGCGCCGUCGAGCAACGGGACUCUAGCGCCCCGCCCGACACCGACGACCGACCACUAGUAGACGUUGCCGCGUCCCUCCACCACCGACUUGGCAUCUCGGUGUACGGGACGGAGGAGCAGAGAGAUCCAUCACCCCAGUUGCUUGCAGGCAUCCCCGUAUCAUUGGGAUUCCGAUUCCAGCAUCGCUCGCUCGGCGGUGCGCGCGCGGCCGCCCCCUCCUCGCUCCUCAUCCAAUCCACUCGGUUCCGAUUGGAUUUCAACUACCCUGCACCCCGUGUGAGCAAGCGCAACCGGCCCACCGCCGCCCUCGCUACGCCAGGAGGUGCCCAGGUCUAGCUAGGAGGUCCUUCGCCGGCGACGAGCACCCCACCAGACCAACCGUAAGGGCAUGUGACAAGCUGCCGCCUGCCUUUGCCGCAGGCAAUGUGCUCCGACAUGUCGGAUCAGCACGACCACCACACAACCAGGGAGGAUGCACCAGAGGCUAAUGGUUACCAUCGCAGUCAUUGUUUCAAAAAAGACCAUCACAGUCCCCAUGGUGCGGAGCAGAGUCAGGCUGCGGAUGCCGAUAAUAAGCAUAUAAAUCAUCUCUCCACAGACGACAAUGCUCCCUCCAGCGCUUCAGGCCACAGACAUGGUCGCAUUAGCCGCCAUGCAUCCACGUCUUCUGUUGAUGACCGUUCUAUCAAGUCCGGUGACGAUUCUGAUGGGGCUGAGAGUACCAAUGGCAGAAGCAGUAAUACAGAGAUCUCAUUUCUAGAAAAUGAUACCAUCUGGAUACCACCUCAAGCGGCAGAUAAGGAGGAUGAGGCCCAGAGUUUUGCUACAAGCAUCGCUUAUGAUGACGACGACGACGAUUAUAGUGACGGGAUAAAGUGGGGCCAGUCAAGUUUCCCAUCCCCUGGUAAGCAGCAUGACACCGGCACUAGCAAUCAUAGGGAGGAACGAGAAAAGGCGAUGCUAGAAGCUAUGAAUGGCCAGCUGAAGAUACUUGUCAGUCGGUUUCUCGCAUCUGCUGGCAUUCCUUCUUCGAACGAAGAGGGUAGCGAUAGCUGGCUUGAAAUUGUCACCUCCCUGUCAUGGGAAGCCGCACUACUUAUCAAACCAGAUGGUAGCAUGGGAAAGGAAAUGGACCCUGGCUCUUACAUCAAAGUCAAAUGUGUAGCAUCUGGUACUCGCCGGCAAAGUGAGGUGAUCAAGGGGUUAGUCUUCAAGAAGAACACUGCUCAUAAGCACAUGCCAACAAAUUGCCACAAUCCUAGGCUUCUACUUCUCAAAGGAGUCCUUGGGCAUUCUGAUGUCGGUUUGUCAUCAUUUAGUUCAAUGGAUCAGGAAAAGGACCUGUUGGAGAGAGCUAUUGGUAAAAUGAUGGAGAUAUGCAGUCCCAAUGUUGUUCUGGUCGAGAAAACUGUUUCACGAAACAUUCAAGAACUUCUUCUGAAAGAAGGUGUCACUCUAAUUCUUGAUAUGAAACUCAACCGGCUAGAGAGAAUUGCACGCUGUACAGGCUCUCCCAUAAUAUCGUUUUCCGAAGUUUUGGAUAAACCGAAGCUGAAGCAAUGUGACUACUUUCAUAUCGAAAAAUUUAUCGAGGAGCACAACAACGCCAGUGAGGGUGGAAAGAGGCCAUCUAAAACAUUAAUGUUCUUGGAAGGCUUUCCACGUCCACUUGGUUGCACGAUACUGCUAAAAGGAGCAAACAGUGAAGAAUUGAAGAAAGUCAAACAAGUAAUGCAUUUUACGGUCUUUGCAGCAUAUCACUUGAUCCUUGAAACAUCUUUCUUUGAAGAUCAAAGGGUUUUUCUAAAUGAUAAAAGUACCCCGAAAGAAACUUCUGUUACUGCUACAGAAGGGACAUCACCAACUGCUUAUGAUGUUGCUGCUCUUAGUGGUGCUAUCCCUAGCUUUCCUUCACAUGAUGACUCUCCAGCACUUAGACUGUUCCAUGCCACUUCUAAUAGCUAUGCUGAUGUGAACAAACCUACAUCUCCAAGAAAUAUGGAUUCAUUCAGUUCAGUAUCCAGCAGCUCUGCAAAUGACCUUGAACAAGGUGCAAGUAUCAGGCUCAAUAAUACUGAGAGGUUAACAUUACCAGUCCAAGGGCCACUAAGGAAAUUGUUUGCUGACAUGUUAAGUCACCAGAAUAUUUACUUACCUGUUACAUCAUUGCAAGAGGCAAAUGAUAAUAGGAAGGAAGUCAGGGCUGAAUCCGGUCAAGAGACUGUUAGUAAUGGUUUCCAUAGGCCAAAGAUAGAAGAGCCUGUGGUUUCCAUUGAAAAUGGGGAGUCCAUAAAUGAUGCCCAGAAACAAGAAAUUACUAGAGCAAUAAUGCCGGGAAGUUCUUCUGUAAGUGAUAAAAGUGGAGAAUCACCUGUUAUGGAAGACAAUGAGGCACAUACAACAAGUAUCGUUAUCAAAGAGAAAUAUGUCGACGACGAUCAAGCUGAUGAUGCACUUGAUUCUCACAGCAUACUGAUUUUGAUGUCUAGCCAGUGCACGGAAAAGCAGGUUAUCUGUGAACAAAGCCAUUUAACCCGUAUAAAAUACUAUGGGAGUUUUGAUGUGUCCUUGGGGCGAUAUUUGCAAGACAUUCUGCAGAAUCAGAAACUGAGUUGCUCCUCAUGUGGAGAGCCUCCAGAGUCCCACAUGUACUCCUACACGCACCGAAAUGGAAAUUUGACCGUUUUAGUGAAACGUCUGGUGCCCCAACACCAUUUGCCUGGUGAAUCUGAAGGAAAAAUAUGGAUGUGGACUAGGUGCUCAAGAUGUGAUCACGAACAUGGGUUAUCCAAACCAACUCCAAGAGUACUAAUAUCAGCUGAAGCACGCAACCUCUCAUUUGGGAAAUUCCUGGAACUCAGUUUUUCUAGCCACUCUGCAGCAAGAAGGUUAUCCAUAUGUGGACAUUUGGUCAACAGGGAUUGCUUGCGCUUUUUUGGCUUGGGCUCUAAAGUUGCUAUGUUCCGGUACUCUUCGGUUGAAAUUUACACCACCUGCAAACCACAACCUACUCUCCAGUUCGUCAACCCCAUCAGACAGGAUUGGUUUGAAGGACAAAGGAGAAAUGUUCAUGCUAAAGGUAUGGUGCUUUUCUCUGGGGUUGCAAGAUUUCUACAAAACUUGAAGAAUGAACAUCCUGAUGCAAUAAAAUUAGCAAUCAAUUGUGGCCUCGCACUCCCUGUUAAGGACUUCACUGAACUAGAAGAGUUGCUGAUAAAAGAAAAGGCCCAGUUUGAGAGUUCUGUGGGCAAGGCCACUGAUCAAAAUGGGACACCGUCUUCGUCUGUGCAUGAACUAUUGAAUAUAAAUUGGUACUAUCAGGACCUUCUACUUGAGCUUUACAUUUGGGAUCGCCGUCUACAUCAAUUAUUCUACUGUAAAUCUGUCCAAUUAGAAAGUGUUGCUAAUUACAAGAAUCCUGCUGAUACUGUUGAUGGGAUCUGCGGCGAGAACUCUGGUACUGAUAAGAAAAUCAGUGAUAAAACUACGAUAGCUUUGGGGGUAGCCAGUACCACGGAGUCUGCAAGUAAUAAUCUUGAUCAUCAAUCAGGUGAUGCUGCAGCACCCUUGCUUGAUGAAAGCCAAGAAGCUGGGCACUCGGAACUUCCUUGCAAUGGAGGUAGUAAAGCUGAAGAUUCUUCCAUUGCUCAUGGUCAAAUAAAGGUUGAUGGCACAAUAGAAACUGCAAAUGAUCCUUGUUUCGAAAUAUCCAAUGAUAAGGAGGUCCAGGUCAAUGAUACAGUAGCAGAUCCAAUACCCAUGAAACAGGAGCCUUGUAGCACUCCCCAACAGUUUAAAUAUCCGUAUUGGGAUGAAAGGGAAAGGUGGAUUUGGAAUUCAAUUUCUGAGUCUCAAUUGGCUUACAGGAAUGACAUUCAAAUUGGAUAUUUGGAAAAAUUUGAACUCAUUAACAAUUAUUUGCCACAUUAUCUUCCUCCCUUGUUUGAACAACAUGAUGAGGCAUACUCUCCGCAGUUUGCAGUAGGUCCAGGUAGUAAUAUUUUGUGCAUAAUGGAAGAUGAGAUAUCCAGCAUAAUAGCUCGUGCUCUUGCCAUAUCUGAUGAACGCCACCAUUUGAUAGAUUUAAAAUUUGAGAAUGGAAUGGAUUAUUCCAAGGGAGAGCAUGUUAAAGCAAUGGAGAAAUCUUAUAGUUUUCUGUCUGAAAGUUCUUUCAGCUCAUCCCCAUGGUCAUCUACAGAUUCUGAAGCAAGCUUGUCAUCUCUGUCUUCAUUUUCAUCUGAUGACUUUUCUGGUUAUGAUAGCUCAUCUUUAUUGUCCCCGAUGCAUCCAGAAAUGACUGUGAACGGGAAAGUGACUCUCAAAGGCAAAUAUUCAGUAACUGUUGUAUAUGACAAUCAAUUCUUUGCGCUUCGGAAAAAGUGUUGCCCAUCCGAGCUUGAGUAUAUUACUUCCUUAAGCCGUUGCAAGAAGUGGAAUGCUCAAGGUGGAAAGAGCAAGGCCUAUUUUGCAAAGACGAUGGAUGACAGGUUCAUCAUAAAGCAAAUCAAGAAAACAGAGUUCGAGUCAUUUAUUAAAUUUGCCCCUGAUUACUUUAAGCAUGUUUACCAUUCUCUGGACACUGGAAGCCAAACUUGCCUUGCCAAGAUAUUAGGAAUCUAUCAGGUUAAGCAAAUUAGGCAUGGCAAAGAGGUAAAGAUUGACUUGAUGGUGAUGGAAAAUCUUCUCUUUGGCCACAAUAUUUCACGAAUUUAUGACCUCAAAGGUGCUACUUUUUCGCGGCGUGUCACUGACUCAAAUGAUCAUGAUACUGUUUACCUGGACCAAAAUUAUGUUGAGGACAUGGGUUUUUCCCCAAUCUAUAUUGGUGGAAGAACAAAACAUCUUUUGCAGCGUGCAAUCUGGAAUGACACAGCUUUCCUCACUUCUGCGAAUGUCAUGGACUAUUCUCUACUUGUGGGAGUGGACAAAGAGAAGCAUGAACUUGUGUUUGGCAUCAUUGACUAUCUGAGGCAAUAUACUUGGGACAAACAACUGGAGACAUGGGUGAAGACUUCUCUGGUAGUACCCAAGAAUGUUUCACCAACUGUAAUUUCCCCCAAGGAAUACAAAAAAAGGUUUAGGAAGUUCAUGGCGAAGUACUUCCUGUCUGUUCCAGACACAUGGAGUCCUGAUAAUUCAUCUAAGCCAUGCAAAUCCCUUGGUCAGAGCAAUCACAAGUCAGUGGAACUCCAGAAUGGCAAUAACCUGCUUCAGCACCCAACAGAAGGGUGUGCCUAAUCAUGUGCAGGACUUCCUGGCAGUUUUGUUGAAGCCUAUCCCAUUGUUGUUUGGCUACUUUUCACUUUGUAAAAUGGUGUACAUAUGAGGACCUCACUGUUGAUCUAUCCAAAAGUUUGCGGUUUUUAGGCAAAUUGUUGGGCAAGUGAGGUCCACAGGACGUGUACCUAUACAAAUGUUCAUUGUUAAUUUCACAAUUAUUAUAGUGAAAUUAAGAAUUCAUAUGAUCAUUUUUUGGACAUACCACUUGUGUGACUGAAUUCUUCACUUA